AAGAGAUGGUGUCGAGCCUUCAUCUUUGUGGAGGAGUGGAAAUGGCUGCUGCCCCUGCCAUCCAGUCUCCAACUUCCUUUGAGGACGUGGCAGUGUAUUUCACCAAGACUGAGUGGGCCUUGCUGGAUUCAGGCCAAAGAGCUCUCUACAUGGAAGUGAUGCUGGACAACUAUGGGAAUGUGGCCUCUCUGGGAGGUGUCAGUGAAUCAGUUGGGGAAUUCCAGGGGUUCUCUUUGGAAAAAGCCAAGAUUGUAGAGGCUGAAGGAAAUUUUGGGAAUAGAUGUGGACCACAGAGGCAGGAAGGAGGCCAUACAGUGAAGAGGAGGGUUAAGUCCAUUCCUUGCCAACAAGAGGGCCUCCAUGAAAUCCCAGCCCACAGUAGUCACCAAUGGACUCAUUCAGGAGUAAAGCCAUUGAUCUACUCAGAGAGUAGAAUGACAUUUUCAGAUGGAAGAAAGGGUGAUGUAUGUUUUCCAAGCCAAAGUAUAAUGAAGGCAUGUAAAUGCUGUUAUUGUGGAAACUACAGUUACAGCCCACAGCUUUUUGUACACCAAAGAAUACACACAGCACAGAAACUUUUUGAAUGCUCAGAAUGUGGAAAAAGAUUCAGUCAGAAUAGCAAUCUUCAACAGCAUCAAAAAAUCCACAGAGGGGAGAAACCUUUUGAAUGCUCAGAGUGUGGAAAGAGAUUCAGUCGCAGUGUCUAUGUUCAGGUGCAUCAAAGAAUCCACACAGGGGAGAAACCUUUUGAAUGCUCAGAGUGUGGAAGGAGAUUCAGUCAGAAUAGCAAUCUUCUAAAGCAUCUAAGAAUCCACAGAGGGGAGAAAUCUUUUGAAUGCUCAGAGUGUGGGAAGAGAUUCAGUAGGAGUUGGAAUCUUCAGCAGCAUCAAAGAACCCACACAGGGGAGAAACCUUUUGAAUGCUCAGAGUGUGGAAAGAAAUUUUAUCAGAAUUCAAAUCUUCGACAGCAUGAAAGAACCCACACUACAGAGAAAUCUUUUGCGUGUUCAGAGUGUGGAAAGAAAUUCAGUUGCAAUGGCAAUCUUCAAAAGCAUCAAAGAAUCCACAGAGGGGAGAAACCUUUUGAAUGCUUAGAGUGGAAAGAGAUUCAGUUGGAGUUAAAAUCUCCAACAGCAUCAAAGAAUCCACAAAAGGAAGAACCAUUUUGAAUGUUUCAGAGUAUGGGAAGAAAGUCAGUAUGAGUUCUAGUAUCCCAAAGUAUCUAAGAAUCCGCACAGGAGAAAAACCUUUUGAAUGCUCAGAAUGUGGAAAUAACUUCAGCUGGAGAGGCCUUUUUCAACUGCAUCAAAAAACUUACACAGGGGAGAAGCCUAUUGAAUGCUCAGGGUGGAGAAAUUGAGUCAGAGUAGCACUCUUCAACAUCUAAGAAUCCACAGGCACAGCAUCUAAGAACUGCUUUUAAAUGCUUAGAAUGUUAAAAGAGAUUCAGUUCUUGUGGCGGUCUUCAACACCAGCAAAGAACACACACCAGGGAGAAACCGUGUGAAUUAAUAAUAAUAAUAAUAAAUUUUUAUUUAUACCCCGCCCUCCCCGCCGAAGCAGGCUCACGGCGGCUUACGGGACAUGGUGGAUCACACCAUGAUGUAACAAUAAAUACAACAUAACCAUUAAAAUACAUUUCUUAAACCAGCGAUUAGAUUAAAAUUUAAAUUACAGUAAAAAAUUCUCAGAGUGUGGAAAUAAAUACUAUUUGAGGGGCAA